AGUGUAAAAACAAAGCCCAGUAGUCGGCUUGGUGAAAUGUGUGAAUUUGGCAGGUCGACGCGCUGCAUCAUCGGGGCCAUGGUCAUUGUCAUUAGCCUGACCGGUGCCCAGUCGGAGCAGCGUUACAAAUGGACGACGAUGGAUUGGCUACAACAUCUCAACUACAGCCACGAGGUGCACAAUGUAACCAGCGCUGAUGGCUAUCAACUGCAGUUGCAGCGACUGCCCCGGGUUGGGGCACGUCCCGUGCUGCUAGUGCAUGGUCUGCUGGGCUCCUCAUUGGGCUGGCUAUGCCUGGGGCCUAGCAAAAGUUUAGGCUUCUAGCUCCAUUUGCGCAACUACGAUGUGUGGCUUGCAAAUUUGCGCGGCUCGUCUCCCUAUGGCAGACAUCACCUCGAGCUGACUGAUGUCAUGCCGGAGUUUUGGCGCUAUAGUUUUCACGAGCAUGGCGCAUACGAUUUGGCCGCCAUAAUUGACCACAUUGUGGAGCUGACGAAACUGCGAGGCGCAGCACAUGCUGGGGCAGAUGCGGCGGCACAGUUGCAGCAAGCGCAUCAACUUCUGCUAAUUGGACAUUCGCAGGCGUUUAAUGCGUUUCUCGUACUCUGCGCACUGCAUCCACGUUUCAAUCAGCACAUUCAGCUCAUGCAAGCGUUGGCGCCACUGGCCCGGCUACACCGACAGGUGAGCUUCGAUGCCAAACUGGUGCGAGCCAUAAUGAAGUUUGUCAAGAAACGCCACAAGGCCAAACACUUUGAAAUGUUUCCACCUGGCGAGCUGCGUAAAAUGUGUAACAAAAAGCGCGAAAGCUGUGAAUAUUAUACCAAACAUUUAGCAGGCAGUGCUCAAAGCAAUAAAAAGUUACUUGAGAUCUUCAACUAUGAUUAUCUUCUGCAGGGAGGCUCCACGCGGGAGCUGCGCCAUCUGCAACAGAUUUGGAAAUCGGGUGAUUUCAUCUCGUACGACUAUGGACCCAUUGAGAAUAUGCAGAUAUAUCACAGCGUGGAGGCCAUCAACUAUAAUCUCAGUGGGAUCAGUGUGCCCAUCAUACUGUAUUUUGGGCAAACGGAUGCAAUUGCCACGCCCGAGGGCGUCCAUGCUAUCUAUGCCAAAAUGUUGAACUCCGUGCGCAGUGUGCGACGAAUUUCAUCAGCUAAAUUUAAUCAUUUUGAUUUUCUCAUAUCUGGCGAGGUCAAAACUCUUGUUAACGAUAAACUGAUCGAGCUAAUGGAAAAGUUUCUCGACGGCAAAUUACCCUACAUAAUUGAAUAAGUCUUUGAGUGGUGGUGCUAAGUAAUUGUCUGUCAUAAAAGGCGCCACUUGAAGCUCAUUAAAAGCGCGAGCCAAACGAAAUGUGUUUUAUUUUGUCACGGCAACCGGCCAAAUAGCCAAAUGGCAAUUAUGUAAUCGGUUGGCCGUUGUCCAAGACAUAAAAAA